GAGCACGGUAUGAAAAUCGCUCAAUAGGAUCAUGUCUUUCUUGAAAAGGGUGGUUACGUCUCGCAAGCGCAAAGCACACAGCUGACGGUGACGAAAAAAUCAAACGUUCUGGACAAGAUGCCACCGCGUGGACCAAAGAGCUCUCCAAUGUCUGGAGGAACAACGGGAGGAUCGCCGCCGACCGUUACAGCCGCAUCGAAUGGAUCGUCAGCGGCCAACGGAACAACCCCGUCGGCAUCGCUGGCCAACACAGUCAAUGCAGUUAGUCAACAACCUUCCCCAGUAAUCAUCAAUGAAUUAUUGGAACAAGCAAUGACAAGCCUACGAAGGGAGUUCGAUGACGACUUCCGGAAAUUGAAGGCAAUCAUUGUGAAGCACGAAAACCGCAUCCGAUCCUUGGAGGCCAACCAGAAAGUCAUGGCAGAUCGAGCUCUAACCGAGACGGACGGUCCUUUGCUCAACACCUCGACGCCUUCGCCUACGAUUGCGGCUGCGAACCUGUCAGCCCAGGAUGACCACCAUGGAGACGGCAGUGGACACUACCCCAACACACAUUUGGCACCGGACGAGGUGUAGGAGGACAUUUUUACCUAUCCGCGUACAGCACACCAUCCGAACAAAGUAAGAGAACCGGAGAAUUCAAGCAGUGUACUACAUGCCUAGCAGAGGAACGCUUCCUUUUCGAUCGAUGCAUGCUCUGUAAACAAGGUAUGCUAAUGCAAAAAAAAAAACGCGAGCGCUCAAACAAAAGUUUAUUUUUUGAACAUUAUUUUUAAAAUACUAAAACAAGAACGUGAACAAAGGGUUAUUUAUUUGUAAUCAUUUCAUUGCAAUGAAACGAAAGAAUUUAUCUUCCAAAAUUUGUCAAAUGCGAAGAAAGUUGAAAACAAUGCCUUGUUGCUUGAAGCUAAACAACAUACUUAAGAUAGAACGAAAAGCCUAUAUUUAAUUAAGUGGAGCUAAAAAUCAAAAAAGAAAAACAUUGUAAAUUUGAAAACAGAAGCAGGAGAGAAUGAAACUUAUAAAUUCAUUUUUAUUAGA